GGGAUGAAACCGCCUUUCUCUCACAACCACUCACAUGCUGCAACAUAGACACAUGCACUACACAAAAGGCUACACACACCCCUCCCCUGCACUUUUCCGCUCUCACGGUCUUUGUGCAAUAGACGCAUCCUUAUGAUGAAAUACCAGGGCAGUCAAUAGUCAGGUUAUCAAUUCUUAAUGUUAUCUGUCAUCUAUCUAGCCUAUGCGAGACGCAAGACCACAUUUUCCGAGGCAACCUUUUGAACCGGGAACGGUGCAAGGCAUUUCUCGCUGAAUCGCCAGUUUUGCCCAAGUCAAAAGCCCCCGGAGGUCGGGGAAAUCAUGCGUUUAACUCCACACCAAAGCUGCACCCAUAAUACUAAACAAUUUAUUCGGGAUCGCUUGGUGAGAAACGUGAGCAGAAAGAAGAAUGUGAAAUGGACUCAGUUGCUGUGAGAAACAUUGAAGGUAUUUCCACUUGGGGGAACGGCAGCAGAGAAGAUAUUUGAUUUUAUUAGGAAUUUUCCCAUUUCUCAAAUUAAGGUUUGUCCACAUCAGACGUCACAAUGAUGACUCCGAGAGACCCAAAGCCGAAAAAGAAGCAGCCCAAAGAUAGCUUGACGUUGUUGCCAUGCUUCUAUUUUGUAGAGCUGCCCAUUGUGGCUUCUUUUAUGGUGUCGCUCUACUUCCUGGAGCUGACGGACCUGCUCCACCCGGCCCAGGUGGGCUUCCGUUGCCAUGACCGCACGCUGAGCAUGCCCUACGUGGACGGUGGAGACGAGCUCAUCCCUCUACUCAUGCUGCUCAGCCUGGCCUUCGCUGGGCCGGCCGCCUCGAUAAUGAUAGGGGAGGGCCUGAUCUACUGCAUGCAGUCACACCUUAAGAUCCGCCCUGGGGUGGAGGGCAGCAUCAACGCCGGUGGGUGCAACUUCAACUCCUUCCUACGGCGAACGGUGCGCUUCGUAGGCGUACAUGUAUUUGGGCUGUGCGCCACAGCUCUAGUAACUGAUGUGAUCCAGUUGGCCACAGGCUAUCACUCCCCCUUCUUUCUGACCGUGUGUAAACCCAACUACACUCAGCCAGGGGUGGCAUGUGACAAAAACCCCUACAUCACCAAGGACAUCUGCUCCAGCCACGACCAGCACACCAUCCUCUCCGCCAGGAAAACCUUUCCCUCCCAGCAUGCAACCCUGUCUGCCUUUGCUGCUGUGUACAUAUCAAUGUACUUCAAUUCAACCAUCUCAGACAGCACCAAGCUGCUAAAGCCAGUGUUGGUGUUUGCGUUUGCCAUCGCUGCGGCGCUAACCGGCCUGACCCAGAUCACCCAGUACCGCAGCCACCCCAUCGACGUCUACGUGGGCUUCCUCAUAGGGGCCGGCAUCGCUGCCUACCUGGCUUUCCACGCCGUUGGCAAUUUCAGGUCCUCCGAUGACAUCAUCAUCAAGCCAGCUCCGCCCCCCCAGAAGGAAGACGCCCUACGAGCACUGACCCAGCGGGGCCACGACUCAGUCUACAACAAAGGCGUAGCUUCAGCAUCGGAGAGCGCCGACGAGAUCGCCGUGCCACCUUCCCUGGACCGGCUGGAAGGCAUGGGGCUUCCGCUGCAGCACGAGAAGGCCUCCAUGGGCAACCUGAACAGGGCCAGCGUGGACGUGGAGCUCCUUGCGCCCCGCAGCCCCAUGGGCCAGCAGACCAUGGUGACCUUCAGCAACACGCUGCCCAGAGCUAGCAUGAACGCUAACGGGGGCAUGGGCACUAAUGGGAGCCCCGAGGAUUCCAUGAUGCAGCCCACCCAGCCUGUAAAGAGGAGGCUCAAGGCUGUGCAGGUGCCCAUGGACCCCAUGCGCUCACAGCAGCUGGUGACGGAGUGGAAGCAGAAGUCCAUGGAGAUGCGGGGUCUGAGCCUCAGGGAUGAGGCCGAGCGGGAGGCCAGUGAGGAGGGCUCCGAAGGGGGAGAGGAAGGGUCUGAGGAAGGGGGGCCACAGGCCUCGCUGUACCCAUCUACGGUGCAGUCCAACAGUGGAGCUUCCACCGGCCAAAUCCCCGUCAGUGUGGGGCCUCCGGGGGGUGUGAGGGUGGGGGCAAUCCCCAGAACCCCCCACAUUCCCGAGAAAGGUCCCCCGCCGGUGUCGCCCAAGAGCGCACUGACCCGCGCCAAGUGGCUGUCCAUCACGGAGAAGAGUGGUGGUUGCGUGUCGCUUCGGGGGGCUCCCAACCAGCCACGCAUCAUGCAGGUGAUCGCCAUGUCUAAACAGCAGGGCCUCCUCCCAUCGUCCUCUUCGGGGGACACGCCCAAGUCCUCCGAGACCACCUCCACCUCCUCCUGCACCUCCUCUACGACCAGCGCCGACUCGCCCCACUACCGCCCGCCCUCGGAGGCCCAGCGCAAUUCGGCCAUCAUCACGGUAGACGCCCACGCCCCCCACCACCCCGUGGUGCACGCCGCCGCCCUGCCCUCCUCGGGCAACGGGAAUCCCUGGAAGUGGAGAGGCGCGUCCGACGGCAGCGACCCACGCGACGCCUACGAGCUAAACGACCUGAACCGCGGCGACCAUGGCGCUGCUCGCGGCAGCGCUGGCAGUUUCCGGCCGCACCACAGCAUCUCGCCCUGCUCCUCCACUGGCGAUGGUGACCACGAAGUGCUCCCCCCUCUGCCCCUCCCUCACGCAGAGGUCCCCCAUGACGGGCGAAGCCGGGAGUCCACUUUACGACGCAAGACCGCGCUAGUUCUCCUGGAGAGGGACAUUCAAUUUCAAAACAAGACUGAGCAGGAGAACUACUAUAAAAAACUACAGGGUGCCCGGAGGUAUAAGGAGUAGUCACUAACUAACUCACUAACUAACUAAAUAACUAACUAACUAACUAACUAAUUAGCCUUACAGUCAAACCAGAAAACAGCAGAAAACCUUGACUGACAAGCUGGGCUCUGCUGCUAUGUAUCUCUCAGACUUUAUGUGGUGUUAUCAAAUGAGUAACGCAAUACGGUGGUAGCCUACACAGGUAUGAUGUAUGCUAGCUGGAGGGAUAAAUCUUGAGUGGCUGUGGAACUGGUCAGUGUCAUAGCAGGUCUGCGCAAAAGGGGACCCUGAGGUAUUUAAUUUCAGGAGCACAAAGAAGAUUUUCAAAGAUUGAAAUGGGAAGCACACCACCAUGCAACACAAACCUAAAAACACAUUUGAAGGACAACGUAUUAAAGCUCCAUCUACUGAGCCGAAUCUUCAUUGACUCCAUCUUCCUUUCAAUGUUUCCUGUUACUCGAUGGGCUGAUUGUCUAGUGUUGGUAUCGCAUCGACUCUAUGUUGUGGACAUUUCGUUGUUAAUACUUAAUUGCUAAUGUGUAGAUUCUCAGCAUGUAUGUCUGUGUGUUUUUGUGUGUUUGGGAAAGUGGGUCAGGUGCUUGUGUGCUUGUGUGUAUGGGUGUGUGUUUGUGUUGAAGAAGCACAGUAUGUUUAAAAAUAUAUAUAAUUCUGCUGUAUUCAGCAGAAUGUUCGGGGGCCCAUGAUUGUGCCAAUUCUCAACUAAGUUCAGACCUUGAUCUUAACUCUAAAACUGAAGAACAACAACAAUUUUAACAUGAGCUUCAUCUGAUGAAGAAUACUGACAGGACUGAAUGAAAGUAAGUGCAAAGGAGUGCUUUUCAAUUUCAACAUUUCCAUUUGGAUCUUACUUUUGAGAGCACUACAGGAGUACCUCUUAAACUGACUUAAAGCAUAAACCGUGUGUAUUUUUUACUGGAGAUGUUAUAUGAGAACAAACUACAAUAAGAAAAGUCACAUCAGGGGAACAGUCAUUUUAUAAAAGCAAUAGAGGCCGUACGAGGCAGAAUGUAUAAAAUAGGACGGGUAAUAUUGAUGCUUUCCUUUUUGAUGAUCGUUGAAAGCCUCAUAGUGAACAUGUAUACAAAUCAAUACAUUCCUGUGGAUGGACUACUGCACGUUAUGUACAUGGCUGUCAGGUUGGAAGUACUACUUUGUCAGUAAACUAAAAAAUACAUUAAAAGUUGUCAUUGGUAACUGAACUGUAAAGUACUAGUGUGGCAAAUGUUGUAUAUCUGAGACAUGUUUUGUUUUUAUUGUCCACCAAAGCCCUCCAACUGACAUCCAUAGUACAUUUCUCCAACCCCAGCCCUUAGCUUUUUAGAGAAACGGGUGGUGCUUUGUUAUUGUUUAAAUUAAAGAUUCUAGAUUUAAAGGGAAUUCCCACACUGUUAAUGGAGAUCGUAUUCAUGGUAAACGCUGUGGAUGUCGGCUCAAACUUAAAUUACCUUUAAAAGGGACGUCCGUCACUGCCUAAACAAAAUGAUUAAAAAGGUCAGACAUCUUGGUUUUCCCUGUAGGAGAGUCUGUCUUCCUAGAGUAGACCUACCGUAACAAUAUACUCAUGAAUCAUGCAUGAAUCA